AUGAUUGGAGGAGGAGCCGGCAUUAGCUUCCGAAACGAGUUCUUCGAGCCACCAAGCCCAGUGAACAUCCCAGUCCAGGGAUUCUCCACUGGAUCUCGCCUCCGAUUGGUUCUUCUUCCGACUCACGACAACACCAGCUUCCACGUCAAUCUUCGUACUCCAGACGACAUCGUUCUUCACUUCAAUCCACGUUUCGAUGAAGGAGUCGUUGUGAACAACUCCACAAGAGCCGGUGGGUGGGAGAGCGAGGAUCGUCACGAUAACAUCUUGGAGCAGAACAAAAUCUACACUCUCGAGUUUGUCUCGAACGGAGGAAUCAUUUCGAUCUUCCUCAACGGAAACCAUUUCGCUGACUUCGUCGAGCGCGCCUCUUCUGAAGGAGUCCACCUUAUCGAAAUCGACGGAGGUGUCCAUGUCCACUCCGCCCAUAUUUCUCACUAA